UACAGUGAUGGAGGAACCGGCUUAGUUAACAUCUCUCUGUGGGGAAAGUUCGCUUCUGGUUCAUAUUUUGCACCAAACUCGUGGAUUAAAAUAAGCUUUGGCGUGGAGUGGGUUUUAUCAUGGGCUGUGUUGGCACCAAGCCAGACCAGGAUUCAGGUGGCAAAACAGUGGGCAACGACGACAUGGGCAACCGCAAUCAGUCAGGGCACUACGUCAAGGACCCCACUUCAGGAAACAAAGGCAACAGAACCAAUGCUGUCCCUCCUCUUCCAAACACAGACAGCUCAGAGAACAUUGUUAUCGCACUGUUUGAUUAUGAAGCCCUACAUGAUGGAGACUUGGGUUUCAAAAAAGGAGACAGGCUAAAAGUCUUACAAGAGUCAGGGGAAUGGUGGAACGCUGUCAGCCUGAGCAGUGGAAAGGAAGGCUUUAUCCCCAGUAACUAUGUUGCUAAGGACACACUUCAAACUGAAGACUGGUUCUUUAAAACAGUGAGCAGGAAGGAUGCAGAGCGACAGCUGUUGGCUCCUGGGAAUAAAAUAGGAUCCUACAUGAUUCGAGACAGCGAAACCACCAAGGGAAGCUACUCGCUGUCUGUCAGAGACUUUGACCCUCAAGUCGGAGACAUCGUGAAGCAUUACAAGAUCAGAACGCUAGACAAUGGUGGCUUCUAUAUUUCACCUCGAAAUACAUUCAACAACUUACAAGAGCUCAUCAGCCAUUACAAGAAACAGGGAGAUGGACUGUGUCAGACUCUCACUAAUCCUUGCAUCAGUGCACAACCUCAGAAACCAUGGGAGAAAGAUGCCUGGGAAAUUCCACGAGAGUCACUCAAGCUGGAUAAGCGCCUAGGGGCUGGUCAGUUUGGAGAAGUUUGGAUGGCCAUGUACAACAAGCACACCAAAGUGGCUGUGAAGACCAUGAAGCCAGGCAGCAUGUCCGUGGAGGCGUUCUUGAUGGAGGCGAACCUAAUGAAGUCCCUCCAACAUGACAAGCUGGUUCGCCUCAAUGCCGUAGUUACCAAGGAGGAGCCCAUCUACAUUAUCACAGAGUUCAUGGAGAAAGGCAGUUUACUGGACUUUCUGAAGAGUGAUGAAGGAAAUCGGGUCCAGCUGCCCAAGCUGAUAGACUUCUCUGCACAGACAGCUGAAGGCAUGGCUUACAUAGAACAAAGGAACUACAUACACAGAGAUCUGCGUGCUGCCAACAUCCUGGUCAAUAAAAGUUUGGUGUGCAAGAUUGCCGACUUUGGUCUGGCACGUAUCAUAGAGGACAACGAAUAUACAGCCAGAGAGGGUGCCAAGUUUCCGAUUAAGUGGACCGCACCGGAGGCCAUCAACUACGGCUCUUUCACCAUUAAAUCAGACGUGUGGUCCUUCGGCAUUCUCCUCACUGAGAUCAUCAGCUACGGCCGAGUGCCUUACCCAGGCAUGACGAACCCGGAGGUGAUCCGCUCUCUGGAGAGAGGCUACCGCAUGCAGCGUCUGGACUCCUGCCCUCAGGAGCUGUAUAACGUCAUGCUGGAGUGCUGGAAGAACAAGCCAGAGGAGAGACCCACCUUCGAGUACCUUCAGAGUGUGCUGGAGGAUUUCUACACUGCCACAGAGAGCCAGUAUCAACAACAGCCUUGAGACACACACACGGGGGGAAAUGCUUUUAUUACUAGAGGAUGAUUUUAUUUUGCAUUUUUUAAUCUUAAAAGUCAGCAAAAGAAUAAUUGCAUAUCUUUACAUUUAAAUAAUUUAAUAAUUUUUUUAUGGUGUGUUCAUCUUUUGCUGUAAUGACAGCACACACUCAAGCUGGCUUGGACUCCAAACUGGCUUUCUCUGUGUUCAAGUGCCCCCAUAAAUGCUCAGUGGGGUUUCAGGUCUUUAGUUCAAAGCUUUAAGGUUUAAGUGUACUGAAAUACACUGAUCAGCCGUAACAUUAAAACCACCUCCUUAUU